AUGUCGCGAAUGGACGACGACCAUCUCACAGUCCAGGUCCCCCGUGAGUACGGAUAUGUCAUCCUCGCAGCAUCCGCAACCCUCUUCAACCUGAUGUGGCACGCCCACCGCGGCUCCCCCUUCCGGCAGGCCGCCGGCAUGCCCUGGCCCUACCAGCACGCCAGCCGCGCCGAGGUCGACGGCGCCAGGACCCCGGAGCUCAAGAGGGCGCUGUACCUAUUCGACUGUGCCCAGCGGGCUCACGAAAACUUCCUAGAAAACCUCCCCUGCCUCCUCCUCCCCCUCCUGGUCUCAGGCCUCCGCUGGCCCGCCGAGGCCGCCGCCCUCGGGUUCCUAUGGAACGUGGGCCGCGUCCUGUACGCGCUGGGGUACACGCGAAACGGGCGCGCCAACCGGCUCGGCGACGCCGUCGCGGGUGUCAUGCGCCGCGUGGGUUACACCAUGCCCGGCGCGCGCAACGGCAUGGGCAGGCUGUGGGGCAGCUGGUUUAAUAUCGUCCAGGUCGUGCUCAUGGGGAUGGCCGUGAGGGUUGGGUGGGAUAUGGUGCGGGUUUGA